AUGGUUGAAUUUUCUUCAAACUCAACAGGCUUUCUGAGACAGCAAGGCUUUGACCUCCCUCUUGAAGGGAUGUAUGCUGCAUUUCUUUUUGCUACACUGAGCUACCUUGUAAUUCUCUUCUGUAACCUUUCCCUGAUGGCUACCAUUAUCAUGAAUAAGAGCCUCCACCAGCCUAUGUACCUCCUGCUCUUCAACCUGCCCGUCAAUGACCUCAUUGGCUCCUCGGCCCUCUUUCCACAGCUCAUCAAAAAUAUCCUGUUGGACUCGGGGUACAUUGAGGUCUCCAACUGCAUCACUCAGGCUUUUUUUAUUCACAUGUAUGCACUGGGCUCCAUUUUAAUCCUCACCAUAAUGUCAUAUGACAGAUACAUUGCGAUAUGUAGCCCACUGAGGUACGGUGCUGUCAUGACCAACUCCCACGUCAUGAAAAUCAUUGUGACAGUCUGGCUGGUGGAUUUGUUUUUGGUAGGUGCGCUCAUCUCGCUUUUGCUACGGUUGCCCCGAUGCAGAUCUUUCCUGACAAACCCUUACUGCGAUAACCCAUCUCUGCUCACGCUGGUCUGUGCAGACACCACCGUCAACAACAUUUACGGACUGUUCAUCACCGCAAUCAUGCAAGUGCUUGCCGUGGGUACGAUUCUGUUCACCUACCUUCAGAUUUUGCUCGCGUGUUUUAAAAGCAAACGCCCUGACACAAAGAGCAAAGCUUUGCAGACCUGUGCAACUCAUUUAACCGUCUUUCUCCUGUUAGAGUGUUUAGGACUUUUUACAAUUAUCUCAUAUCGCAUAAAGCAUCUCUCUCCUCAUUUAAGGAGGAUGAUAGGAGUUUCCACCUUCAUAUUUCCCCCUACUCUGAACCCAAUAAUAUAUGGCCUUAAAACAAAGGAAAUUCGACAGAAAAUUAAAUUGCCAUUCCGAAAAAUGGUGUAUCCUUAA